CGGAAGCUAACUGUUGAGCAUUGCAACAUUUGAACUUUUAUGCGGGGAGUGCGGCCUUAUUACAAGAAGAUAGGAAUGAAUUAAACUUGCUCUGAUUUCAUGCUUAAUACCCGCAAAUUACUAGAACAGAAGUACUGUCUAAUUAUUAAAAAGUAUUGAAAGGUUUUGGAACUCAUAUAGUUUCGUUCCAGAGCGUAUUCGGACGUCGAUUACACUGAGUGGUUCUUGGUAAGAUUCAAUGAUAGAUUUGAACGAGAAACCGCGACGAAGUUUUAAACGGAAAUUCGAAGAAAAUGACCGAUCUCAACCAAAAGAAACUUUACUCGAUAUUUCUGUUUCAAAGUUAGCUAAGGCUCAUACUAAAGUAAAUCUUGAACCAUCUUUAAGAAAGACUGUUAUGAUUGUUAAUACUAUUCGAAAACUUGAAUACGAAAUAGAAAUCGGACGAACAAAAACGCCGAACCAUUCAAAUUCUUAUCGCCAUUGUUCUCGGCAGACAACAAGCGACGAAAACACGAGGCAAGUUGAUUCUACUGUAUUUACACUGGUACGAACUCAAAUUUCGAUAGAGAAAGACGAGGAAAGCAUUAAACCAACGUUGGAUUCAUGGAAAGGGGAAUUUAAUUUAGAAAACAAUUCAGAAACGUCAAAAAACAGGUGUUCUAAUAAUACUACAACAAUUGUAAAAUCGUGUCCAAGCGACGAUACGUUCAUUGAUCUAGCAAAAUCUACCGAAAUGAAAUUCAAGAACAGAUUUGACGAUGCUGCUGUUUUGACGUCUUCGAACAUUCUUACAACAGCUGAAUGUGAAAUAAAUUUUUCAGAAGUUGAUAUUUCACUGUACGAUUUUGAUUCGUGGUCGGAAUGUGGUCCUCAAAUACCUUCUAUUGAUGAUUCUGAACCAGUUUAUACUAUAAGACCAACUACUUUCUAUAAACGAUGUUGCGAUGACUUGAAAUUGGAAAAGUCUAAUGAAACUAGUUUGGUAGAUGAUCUUGACCAAAUCAUGCAAGUGUUAGUUAGUAUUUGAUUGUGUUUUCACCACGAAGAAGCGACUUCUCUGUCGAACUGUAUGACUAUAUCAUUUCAUGUAAAUGUGUCUUCUCCUUUUCUAUUUAUACGGUUUUUAAUCUCUGGGUAUAUGAUGUCGGGUUUUGCAUUUAUUUGAUAUUUGUAUUUAGCUAACUUAUUAAACAUUUGAUAAUGGUUAUCAAAAAAUAUAUAUUGAUCAAAUGAA